UACUCACCAAGACACUACACCAAGUACUAUCACACAGAGGAAAUCACACCAAAACCCUAUAUUCUGAGCAAACCCCAAGCAUGGCUCGCUUCCAUGCCAUCUGCAUUUCCUCCUUCCUCUUGCUCUCCCUCUUCCUCACUUGCACCAAUGCCGCCACAUUUGACAUCAGGAACAACUGCCCCUACACGGUCUGGGCUGCGGCGGUCCCGGGAGGUGGCCGGCGGCUCGACCGAGGCCAGUCCUGGUCCCUGAACGUGAGCCCGGGCACGAAACAAGCCCGCGUCUGGGCCCGGACCAACUGCCAGUUCGAUGGGGCCGGGAAGGGUAAGUGCCAGACCGGCGAUUGCGGCGGCGUCCUCCAGUGCAGCUCCUUCGGCCAGCCACCGAACACCCUGGCCGAGUAUGCGCUGAACCAGUUCGGCGGCAAGGACUUCUUUGACAUCUCCCUGGUCGACGGGUUCAAUGUCCCCAUGGACUUCAGCCCGACCUCCAAUGGGUGCACCCGUGGGAUCAAGUGCACGGCCGACAUCAACGGCCAGUGCCCCGCCCAGCUGAAGGCGCCCGGCGGCUGCAACAACCCCUGCACCGUGUUCAAGACCGACCAGUAUUGCUGCAACUCAGGAAGCUGCUCGCCUACGAACUUCUCCAAGUUCUUCAAGGAUAGGUGCCCUGAUGCUUACAGUUACCCUAAGGAUGAUCAGACCAGCACUUUCACCUGCCCUGGUGGAACCAACUAUAGGGUUGUGUUCUGCCCAUGAAGUAAGAGUGGAAUCGUAAGGAAUACUAGAUAGGAGACUUAUGUCUAAAUAAUGUUGCUCAAGUUAGUUUGAGCUACUGUACUUGCACGAGUGUAUUGCCUCAGGCUCCUCCAUGCAUGCAGCUGAGGCAAGAACCAAAAGUUAAGGAGUUGAAUAAAUGAACAUCCUAUAUACGCUCUUAAUCAGCAA